ACUAAUGGAUAAUGUAACGCCAGAUGAGAGGCUCACAAGCACUUUCAACAGUUCUAACUGUCGACAUACAAAUCUCUCUCUCCUCUCUCUCUCUCUCUCUCUCUCCUCUCCUCUCUCUGCCCUUUAUCCAAACUCAAAACCAGGACUGAAACCGGAGAAGAUGAUUGGCCUCAAGCUCAUUCAAACCUCUUUCACCACCACCCAACAUACCAUUUUAUACACAGGAAGAUCGUCCAGCGCCAAGACGUCCAUCUUGCGCUGCAGCAAGUCCAAUGAUUCAGACUCCGAGUCGGAAGCUUCCCCGCCCGAAGGCGACACUCGCAAGCAAGAGCUGCUGGUGAGGAUAGCAAUGCUUCAAGCUCAGAAAGUCCGUCUUGCCGAUUACUUGGACGAAAGGUCAGAAUAUCUUACCAAAUUUGGAGAGGAGGUAACCGCCGAGUUUGACAAGAUUGGAGAAGAUGCCCUCAAAGACCUGGACGCAGCCAGCGACAGGAUAUUGGAGAAUAUAAACAGCCGCAUGCAAGCCUUUGAGGAAUCUGCGGGAGUAAACAUAGUGGAGAUGGAGAAAAACGAAAACGAGUUAGAAGCAUUCGAAGGUCAGAUUGAAAAGGAGCGAAAUGAAGGGUUAUUUUUCAAGAGUCUAACGCAGGGGAAACCGAAAGAAAAAGUGAACGCUGCCGAGGAAAUAAAUAAGAUCAAGGAGCUUACCAAAAACACUGCAGGAUCAGAAAUCAGGAGGAAUAUUUACCUUGCACUAAUUGGCCUGCUACUCAUACAACUCGUCGACUCUUUCAUCUCUCCAACACCUGAUUGGAGAAAAGUUGCACUUCUCGGGGCGAUUUUUGUGGGUUUGGUUUCUCAGGUCAUCUAUGAGCAGAAAAUGUUAUCAGAAACAGAAAGUACAGAAGAGGGGAAGACAGAGGAAGAAAGAAGGUGAUGCUUGCCAUACCCUUAGAAGCAAAAGUAUUAUGCUGUAAAAUUUUCAGCCUCAACUAUUUUACAUAAACAUAGCUUGGGUCUUCACAAAUAUAACAUAUUUUUUCCUGAUCAACUCAAACGUAAAAUUUUGAGCCA